AGAUGGGCAAUUAACUAUCUGUUAUCAUCCCCAUAAGAGGUAACUAUCGGAUCGGGAUUCACGCCCAACGCGAGAGAGAAAAGUAACGGCUCAACACGGAGAUGAUGGGUGAGUUGAGGUGGUGGAUAGCCAAGACUUAAGACAGCUGGGUGGAUCCCCCGAGCUCCGACAAUAAUGUUGAGCUCGGAUCUUUGCGAGAAAUCUUACCCCCAUCACAAUCAUCUUCAACCCGGUCCAGCGUCCGCCCAGGAGUUUCCAUCUUCUCAAAUCCCUCCACAUUCCUUAGAUCUCUAGAGCAAUGGUUUCCUCCAGGCUCUUCCGACCAGCUGCUCGCCUGGUGUCCGCAUCAAGGCCAGCGCCUACCUUCCGACCUGCCUUCCGCGCAACAGCUGCCAUUCCAUCAAUUGCAAGGACCCGUGGCUAUGCAUCUUCCAGUGGCAGCAAAGAGAUGACAGUGCGUGAGGCGCUGAACGAGGCAAUGGCUGAGGAGAUGGAACAGAACGAGAAGGUCUUCGUAUUGGGAGAAGAGGUUGCCCAAUACAACGGAGCAUACAAAGUCACAAAGGGCCUCCUGGACCGUUUCGGUGAGAAGAGGGUCAUUGACAGCCCUAUCACUGAAUCUGGUUUCGCUGGUCUUACUGUCGGUGCUGCUCUUGCUGGACUCGCUCCCAUUUGCGAAUUCAUGACCUUCAACUUCGCUAUGCAGGCCAUUGACCAGAUCAUCAACUCCGCAGCAAAGACCCACUACAUGUCUGGUGGCAUUCAGCCCUGUAACAUCACCUUCCGUGGACCGAACGGUUUCGCCGCCGGUGUCGCUGCCCAGCACUCACAGGAUUAUACCGCUUGGUAUGGUAGCAUUCCGGGUUUGAAGGUGGUCGCACCCUACAGCGCUGAGGAUGCCAAGGGUCUGAUGAAGGCUGCCAUCCGUGACCCCAACCCAGUAGUCGUGCUAGAGAACGAGCUCCUUUACGGACUUUCGUUCCCUAUGAGCGAAGCCGCUCAAAAGGACGACUUCGUCAUCCCUUUCGGAAAGGCCAAGAUCGAGCGCCCCGGCAAGGACCUCACUAUGGUCACUCUCUCCCGUUGCGUCGGCCAGUCUCUCGUUGCUGCCGAGAACUUGAAGAAGCGAUACGGCGUCGAAGCUGAGGUCAUCAACCUCCGAUCCAUCAAGCCCCUUGAUGUUGAGGCCAUAGUAAAAUCGGUUAAGAAGACUGGUCAUUUGUUGGCUGUUGAGUCUGGCUUCCCUUCAUUUGGCGUCGGUUCCGAGAUCAUGGCUCUGACUUGCGAAUACGCCUUUGACUACUUGGAGGCUCCUCCAGCCCGUGUGACGGGUGCGGAAGUCCCAACACCAUACGCACAGAAGCUAGAAGAGAUGGCCUUCCCAACUGAGGAGUUGAUAACUCAAUAUGCUGCUAAGCUGUUGCGAGUAUGACGCGGUGGCGCAAUGGCUUGAGGAUUGGAUUUCAGGAAGUGGCCUCUAAACCUACUUAUACUCGAUCAGCUUGAUUCUAGGGCUACUCCAGCCGUCGAUCCAGUGGUCGGCCAUGUAACAAAAGCUGAUGCCCAAUUUGUCAGCGGGAGCAUGUUCAUGUACUUCUAAUGCUUCUCUAUCCCCUUGCCGUUUCAUUAAAUUCAUUAGAGCAGAGCGGAUCAAUAAUCAUAUUUUCUUCCAAUUUCGA